CGCCCCCCGCCUCUCCCCACUCCUCCGCCCCUCCCGGGGCUCUCUGUUGGUCGGUGACCAGCCGGGCAGGCUGCAGGCAGCGCAAUGCCACGGGGGAGCUGCUGGCAGGGGCGGUGGGAUCCUGGUGCACCAUGAGCCUCGGGUCUGGCCCCGCUCCGGGCCGAUGAGCACUGCGCACCCCGCCCUCUGUUUCCCCCCGGGCCUCGGCUGAGAAGGCAGCAGCGCCGGGACAAGAAACUCGGGGACGGCGCAGGGCCAUCUCUCUCCCAGCACGCGACGGAGAAGCAGCCCCAUCCAGAACGCCGCUCCCGGCCUUCCAAGGAGUCGGGACCCGGGCCGCCACCGUCACCUCGGCCGCUGCCGCCGCCAUCACCUUGUUCCCCCGUCCCCCGCCAUGGCCGAGGAACUCUCGGCGGCCACGUCCUACACCGAAGAUGAUUUCUACUGCCCCGUCUGUCAGGAGGUGCUCAAGACACCGGUGCGGACCGCGGCCUGUCAGCACGUUUUCUGUAGAAAAUGUUUCCUGACAGCAAUGAGAGAAAGUGGAAUACACUGUCCCUUGUGUCGUGGAAAUGUGACUAGAAGAGAGAGAGCAUGUCCUGAACGGGCCUUAGACCUUGAAGAUAUCAUGAGAAAGUUUUCUGGUAGCUGCAGAUGCUGUGCAAAACAGAUUAAAUUCUAUCGCAUGAGACAUCAUUACAAAUCUUGUAAGAAGUAUCAGGAUGAAUAUGGCGUUUCUUCUAUCAUUCCAAACUUUCAGAUCUCUCAAGAUUCGGUAGGGAACAGUAAUAGAAGUGAAACAUCCACAUCUGAUAACACAGAAAGUUACCAAGAGAAUACAAGUUCUGGGCAUCCCACCUUUAAGUGUCCCCUGUGUCAAGAAUCAAAUUUUACCAGACAGCGUUUACUGGAUCACUGUAACAGUAAUCACCUAUUUCAGAUAGUUCCUGUGACAUGUCCUAUUUGUGUGUCUCUUCCUUGGGGAGAUCCUAGCCAGAUUACUAGAAAUUUUGUUAGUCAUCUAAAUCAAAGACAUCGGUUUGAUUAUGGAGAAUUCGUGAAUCUUCAGCUAGAUGAGGAAACCCAGUAUCAAACUGCUGUUGAAGAAUCUUUUCAAGUAAACAUCUGAAGGCUGUUAUACAUCUCCACAUCUUUGUACCUGCAAGUGCCAUCUUUAAGGGGAAAACUACAUGAAGUCACUGUUUCAAUAACUUGAUGUGUAUAUUAAUAAAAGUAAUUCAGUCUAUUGUUUUAGUUUUUUGAUUGAAAAAUAAAGGUAGGCCAUCUAAAAACUUCAUCGUCUUGAUAAGUUAAAAAUGAAAGUUAUGACGUUAGCUUUAAAAGCAAAAAUGGAUUAUAUUUCACUAAUGUAAUGGUGAAAAGGGAAACCCUGUUGUACUUUUUCUUUUUUUAUAUUACAUAUUCUUGAAUUUUUCAUUAUGUUGCUUUUGAAAUUUGGUACAUUUCCUCUCAUUUACUUUAUUGUACACAGAUAACACACAGUAGCAAAUUCUGAAAGAUGUGAUUGAUAUAAACCUAACAAAUCUGAGCCAGUUGUCAGAGUCACAGAAUAGAAACUUGAAGUACUAAAUGGAACAAUCCAAAGGAAAUUUUUAAAAUACAGAUUCUAGCUGAAGAAUUCAACUAUAAGAAAAUUGUAUUUAUAUAACGUUUAGUAUUUUUGAAGACUAGUGAGAUUUCUGUAAUAAUUUUAACUCUACAAAGUUAAAGCUCAUUGUAAAGAUACUUUCGGUCUGCUAGUAGAAGGAAAUACCAAGAGAAAAAAUUUAUUUCUUUGAUGGGCAAUUGGUGAUUUCUCUCUUGUUUUAUUAAUUUGUAAACUUGGAAUAUGGUAAGCUGAAUAACAGCUUAACCUCAGAAUUUUCAGUAGCCAGUAUUUCUGAUUAGCUGAGAUGAAACUUGUAUUAGGAAUCUUCAGUUGGUGAUACUAUGUUCUACAGAUAAAUUUAAAUGAGAAAUUUAGCUUCUUCUUAGUUUAGAAAUUCAUUCAAAUCUAAAGAUAUAUAUGUAUAUAUACAUACAUUUUGUGUGUGUAUACACAUGUAUACAGUUUGUCAGGUUAUAUACAGAAUUUCUAUUAAGGAUUUUAAAAGUGGACAAGCAAUAGGAGAUUGAAGUUUUCAUCUGUUUUGAUUAAAAUUUUAUAUAUCAAAAUGUUUAAAGUAAGAGUCACAUGCUAACUGAUCUAGUUGGCUGCUGUUACACCUUAAAAAUUGAGUUUACACAGACACACAAUUACCUAUUUAUAUGGUGCUCAUUUGUUAUUCUCAAAGAUAAUGCAUGACUAUGAUGUAGUGAAACAGAUUCUACCAGCUACCCUGUUUUGCUACUUUUUAGUCAAACCUGGGUUUGUUCUUAGUAUUCAUUAAUAAGAAUCAUAAAGUAUUUUGUAUAAGGCCUAAAUCACAGAAUUAAGGAUGAAGAGUGGAUUAGCUGACAUUCUUUACUAAUAUACAUUGUUUAAGCUUUCUUUAAAAUAACUAAACAUACAAUCUUGGAAGUAGUUUGCUGCUAAUAUAUACAUAUAUUGUAUAAAAAGGUAUAUUUUGGUUUUGUUAAAACCCUUGUUGACUUUUCUACAGUGGACAUUUUUUAAACUUGAUUUAAUAAAAAUAUUAAUUUUGGAAGUG